AAACUGAAGUGACAUUUUCACAUUACUUUAAUACAUUUUUACAUUAAAACAAACUGUUUUCCAUUUCACAAGAGAUAUCAAGCGAGCGUUCAUAAAAAGAACUGCUGCAAACUUGCAAAACAUUCGGUUAUAUAUGUCGAUAUUAAAACUAUUUUCCACUUGCAAUGAGGCUCUGAAAGCACAUGAAAGUAACAGAACAAACUGUGGCGGUGUGGUUGACAAAAAUCAAGCAAGAAAGCGAUUAUAAAACUUGGAUACAAGACGUUCUGUCGUUGCGAGAAUUUCUUCUGGCUCUAAAACAACGCUUCAGCGAUCUCGGAAACAUAGACGAUGUUAUAAAGACCUUACCAAGUGUGGCCGAAUUUCUUGAUGUACUGUGUGUAAGAACUGACUUGCUUGUGAAUAAGCAUGUCACAUCAACAUUACAUGAAUGCCUGCACUUUAUGAUAGCAGAUAAACCGAAAACAGAAACGGAAAAGAUUUCAACGCCAUGGGCCUGGAAGCAUGUUAACUAUCUUCUUAAACAACCAGUGGGGUGUUUAGCAUCAGGGUUGCCACAAGACACUCUUGCGAAAAUGGUCCAAGAAAAAGUAGUUGGAAUCACUGCCACUCUCACAAGCCAAUAUACCUCGUGCAACACUGUAGCUUUAUCAAGCGCCACCAUGCAAAAAUCAGCUGAUAUGACUUCUGCAAUAGAUUCAUUAAUUCCACUUCUAGGGACCCAAUUUGGGGACAUUGUUCUACAAGACUUAUUCAAGUGCACAGAUACUUUCCAUGCCUUGAAUUGCUACAGUGAAGCUUUUAUUUCAGCUGUUGAAUUUUCUUUACCCAACCUGUCAAUCAAAACUUGCAUUUUAUUUUAUGAAAGAUGGCCAUGGAAAUUUUCAAACAGUUUUCAAGACACAAUUCUUAAAUUUUCAAACGAAAAUCUUAACAACCAAAAAGAUUUAAAAGAAAAGAUUACACAAUCAAAAAUAGUAAAAUGCUGUUGUGAGAGCUUAAUUCUGCUACCAGUGUGUACCUCAAGUUUAGAAGAAAUUUGCGAACUUUUAAAAACUGAAGAGUGCAAAUACGAUCCACACUUUAUGCAACAGGUUUUUGAUUCUGUGCUGGCAACACUGCAGCCAAAACUGAAAGAAUGGGGUUUGGAAACACUGGUAACAAAUCUGAAAAAUUUCAGGUUUAAAAUAAGCUAAAAAAUUUCUAUGGCUCUUUCUUUUAUUUCUGUUUUUACUUUCACAGAAGCAAAAAUGGUUCCAGUUUAUGUAUUUGUUGUUUAUUUAUAUAUAUCUUUGAUUUGAAAUAAAAUUAAAGAGAAAAUACGGAA